AUGUCUCAUCAUCAAGAUCCAUACCUCCAGAGAUACCCCGAUUCCAAAGGGUAUUAUGGACAAUUCGGCGGAAAUCACUACCCCGUCGAGCUUCAUCCCGCCCUGCAAGAGCUCGCCAACAGCUACGACAAGCUGCAUCAAGAUCUAGCGUUUCAAGAUGCACUGAAGAGGGCGCGCAUCGGUCUACAAGGCCGCCCAACCCCAAUCCACCUCCUCGCCAAUAUUUCCACGGACAUCGGCGGCGCGCAGAUCUUUGUCAAACGAGAAGAUCUGAACCACACGGGAGCCCACAAGAUCAACCACUGUGUAGGAUUUGCCCUCCUCGCCAAAGCCAUGGGCAAGACCAAACUGAUUGCCGAAACGGGAGCCGGACAACAUGGUGUGGCUCUCGCCACGGCCGCGGCGUUUUUCCGACUCGAUUGUGAAAUUCACAUGGGUGAAGUGGAUAUUGCAAAACAGAGCUCGAAUGUCGGGCGUAUUCGAUUACUCGGUGGGCGGGUGGUGCCCGCGAAUCAGGGCCAGUCCGCCUUGAAAGAAGCGAGUGACUCGGCCUUUCGGGCGUAUGUAGAGCAGCAUCACACUGCGCUCUAUGCGAUUGGCUCGGCAAUUGGACCGCAUCCGUUCCCGAGGAUUGUUCGCGACUUCCAAAGUGUCGUGGGACAAGAAGCGCGAGAGCAAUGUCUGGAUAUGAUGGGGGAUCGUCUCCCUGAGCAUGUUAUCGCUUGUGUGGCGGGGGGAUCGAAUGCCAUGGGGAUGUUCUCGGGCUUUGUGGACGAUGCCGAGGUGGUUCUCCACGCGGUAGAGCCACUGGGGGUAUCUGAACGAUUGGGUGAGCAUGCCGCGACUCUUUCUCAUGGAAGACCGGGUACGUUGCAUGGCGCUCGGUCUGUAGUGUUGCAGAAAGAGGACGAUACGCCGGCCGCGGUCUCGUCGAUAGCCUCUGGACUGGCGUAUCCGGGCGUGGGGCCUGAAAUGGCCAUGCUUCAUGAGAUGGAUCGGAUCUCAGUGACAACUGUGUCCAAUGCAGAGGCGAUUGAGGCCUUCUAUCAACUGAGUCAAUUGGAGGGGAUCAUUCCGGCGUUGGAGAGUGCGCAUGCUUUGGCAUUUGCCUUUCGUUUGGCCGCCACACGCCCUCCCUCGGAGCGAAUUCUAGUCAAUCUCUCUGGACGUGGGGACAAGGAUGUUGACUUUGUUCUGGACAAUCACGGAGUAGGGUCCUCCCAAACACCACAGUAA